AAGUAUCAUCUCAACCUCACCCGGGAGUACAUUCAAAUUGUCCUUCCAUAGACGAGCAUUUCCUGUAUCUAUGCCAAAAAUCCUGAACACACAAUCACGGCGGGAAAAUCCAAAAAUUUGGGACAUCAAAGAGGAAAUUGGCGGGAACAAUUCUACUCCCCUAUAAAUUAACAACCCCUCCACGACACUCUUCUGCUUUCAAAUUCUAAAUUCUAACUUGCAAAUUGUAAACUUAUUCCUUUCUUCAUUUCCAGAUUAUUCUUUAUCCCUCUUUUCAAAAAACAAACUUAAUCUUCCAUUAAAAUGGCGAAGAAAAAGAAAACUAGGGUUUCCGAAGAAUCUACAGCCGAACAAGGUGAUUCUGAUCAUCAUCAAGAACACGCUAAUAUGGACGAUGAUAGCGCGCAGAAGAGUCUUUAUGAGGUUCUUGGUGUGGAAAGAACUGCAUCUCAACAGGAAAUUCGAAAGGCGUACCACAAAUUGGCUUUACGACUCCAUCCUGAUAAGAACCCUGAUGAUAAGGAAGCAAAUGAGAAAUUUCAACAGCUGCAGAAGGUGAUGUCAAUUCUUGGCGACGAGGAGAAAAGAGCUCUUUAUGAUCAGACUGGAGUGGUUGAUGAUGAUGAUCUUGCAGGGGAUAUGGCUGCGAAUUUGCAGAGCUUUUUCAGAACAAUGUACAAAGAGGUCACUGUGGCUGAUAUUGAAGAGUUUGAAGCAAAUUACAGGGGAUCUGAUUCUGAGAAAAACGAUCUGAUUGACCUCUACAAGAAGUACAAGGGCAAUAUGAAAAGGUUAUUUUGUUCGAUGCUAUGCUCAGACGCUAAGCUGGACUCUCAUCGCUUCAAAGAUAUACUUGACGAGGCAAUAGCUUCAGGAGAUCUGAAGGAAUUCAAAUCUUACAAGAAAUGGGCUAAGGAGGUAUCUGAAAUGAAACCACCUACAAGCCCUUUGAAGCGGAAAAAGAAGUCAGAAAAGAAGUCAGAUUCUGAUCUAUUUGCAAUCAUAUCUCAGCGAAGAACUGAGAGGAAGGACCGAUUUGAUUCUAUGUUUAGCUCUAUGGUGGAAAGAUAUGGUGGACAAUGUUCUUCAGAACCAACAGAGGAAGAGUUUGAAGCUGCACAGAAAAAAUUAGAGAAGAAACUGUCGUCAAAGAAAUGUAGAAAGAAGUAGCUUAGACAUCUUUCGUCAAACAAAGUUCAGGUUUUGUAAAAUUGGUACUUUGUAGUUCUACUUGUUUUCUCCUUAUUUUCAAUGGAAAUGUAGUGGGUUUUGAUCAGUGCCUUAUCGCACAGAACCUCUGGGCCUGUCAAAGCCUAUCUACUUCUUCCCUUCCCUGUGCCAUGAGGACUUGAUCAUGUAUUUAUUUCGUCUACUGUUUAUGUGAAUGGAAUUUAGUAAUGCUUGUUCAAGAUUUCUCGUGUAUCAGCAAUUGGGUCAGGAAAUGCAAACAUUGAAACAGCGUAUUCUGUA